UCAAGGGUGAAUGUGGGACAUUCGGUGAAGAUCGCUCUUUGCUAAUUGCUAUUUUUAUGUUGUUCUACGCCGUGAUUUCAUAAUUGCAUCUGCGAGCUGUCCCCUUUCUGUGCGCGCCUGCCCCUUCAGUGCGUCCAUGCGGAGCUCGGGCGGGGAGGAGAGGAUGCUGCUGUUGGGAGAGACAACCAGUUGCGCUCAGCCUGAGAGUGGAGUCUCCCCUCCYUCCAAGCACCGAGGGAUGAGCUUCCUCGACCUGUUGCCUCGUUUCGACUUGCAGUAAAGCUGCUCUUUUUGUUGUUGAUUUUGUUAUUGCGCAGACUGGAAAGGAAGAAGUGGCAUUUUUCUCUAAAGGGGGGAGGCUGAGGACAGUGCCAUGAGGCGGACCAAUGUAUUCGUCUUUCAUUUACGUUGUGAACAUCAGAAGGAAGAGUAGCGGAGUUGUUGGUUCCGGGAGCCACCUUCUCGGUCCGGAGGUGCGGUUUGCGGUGCUAUUUCUCUCCAGCUCCGUGUUUUUGAGGGAGGUGAACCAUGGUUGAACUGGAAAAGGAGGUGCUCCCGUUGCCCCCUCGGUACCGGUUCCGAGACCUGUUGCUCGGGGACUGGCAGACUGAUGACAGGGUGCAGGUGGAGUUCUAUGUGAACGAGAACACUUUCAAGGAGCGUCUGAAGCUCUUCUUCAUCAAAAACCAAAGAUCCAGUCUGCGAGUGCGAAUGUUUAACUUUGCUCUCAAGGUGCUGAGCUGCCUCCUCUACAUCGUCAGAGUCCUGCUUGACAACCCGCAAGAGGACAGGCAGGACUGUGGCAGUGGAGUCAACUGCACCAAGCAGAACACAUCAUCCCGUCCCUGGAGUGAGUUUGACUGGAAACUCAUCAUCUGGGUUGACAGACCUCUGCCGCUGUGGGCGCUGCAGGUGCUUGUGGCUUUCAUCAGCUUUUCAGAAACUAUGUUGCUCGUGUAUCUCAGCUACAAGGGAAACGUUUGGGAGCAAGUCCUACGCGUCCCGUUCAUUUUGGAGAUGAUCAGCACCGUUCCCUUCAUGAUCACUGUGAUUUUGCCCUCCUUGAGAAAUAUUUUCAUCCCUGUAUUUCUGAAUUGCUGGUUGGCCAAACAUGCUUUGGAGAACAUGAUAAAUGAUCUCCACAGGGCGAUCCAGCGGACACACUCAGCCAUGUUUAAUCAGGUCGUGAUUCUGAUCAGCACACUCGUCUGUCUCAUGUUUACAUGCAUCUGCGGCAUCCAGCACCUGGAGCGAGCUGGAAACAACCUGACCCUCUUUGACUCGCUCUACUUCUGCGUGGUCACGUUCUCCACGGUGGGCUUUGGGGACGUCACGCCGCAGAUAUGGCCCUCUCAGCUUCUGGUGGUCAUCAUGAUCUUUGUGGCACUCAUCGUGCUCCCCAUCCAGUUCGAGCAGCUGGCCUUUCUGUGGAUGGAGCGGCAGAAAUCCGGAGGCAACUACAGCCGCUACAGGGCGCAGACGGAGAAACACGUGGUGCUGUGUGUCAGCUGCCUCAAGAUCGACCUCCUCAUGGACUUCCUCAACGAGUUCUUCGCUCACCCUCGGCUUCAGGACUACUACGUGGUGAUCCUUUGCCCCGCUGAGAUGGACGUCCAGGUUAGGAGGGUCCUUCAUGUUCCUCUUUGGGCUCUGAGAGUCAUCUAUCUGCAGGGGUCUGCCCUCAAAGAUCAAGACCUUAUGAGGGCCAAGAUGGACGAUGCUGAGGCCUGCUUUAUCCUCAGUAACCGGUUUGAAGUGGACCGCAUUGCCGCUGACCAUCAAACCAUCCUCCGAGCCUGGGCAGUCAAAGACUUUGCUCCAAACUGCCCCCUGUACGUCCAGAUUCUUAAGCCGGAGAACAAGUUCCACGUCAAGUUUGCAGGUGGGCAGAGAGUCACGCCUCAACAAUUCCCACGUGUGUUUCGGUUCUGUCUCAGGGACGGCGGCGCAGGUUCAUCAGACCAGUGGCACCGAACGUACAGACGCUGCUCAGCCAACGAGGUGCAUCACAUCCGUCUGGAAGAAAGCAAAUUCUUUGGAGAAUACCAAGGAAAGAGUUUCACUUUGUGGGUGAAGGGAUACCCGCUGAACUCUCCGUAUAUCGGCAGCUCACCUGCACUUUGCCAUCUUCUUCAAGAAAAGAUGCCGUUCUGCUGCCUGCGCAUGGAUAAGCCUUGUCCCCACAUCCCUUUUGAGGAUGCACGUUCCUACGGCUUCAAAAACAAAUUGAUCAUUGUUUCUGCGGAGAGCGCAGGAAAUGGUCUGUACAACUUCAUUGUGCCUCUUCGGGCUUACUACCGAACAAGGAAGGAGCUCAAACCCAUCGUGCUGCUGCUGGAGAGCAUACCUGAAGCUGAUUUUCUGGAAGCCAUCUGUUGGUUCCCAAUGGUCUUCUACACAGUGGGCUCCAUUGAAAAUCUGGACAGCCUGCUGCGAUGUGGAAUCACUUUUGCGGACACGAUGGUGGUGUUUGACAAAGAGAGCUCCAUGAUCGCAGAGGAGGACUACAUGGCUGACGCCAAAACGAUUGUUAACGUCCAGACACUGUUCAGACUGUUUCCAGCUCUUAGCAUCAUCACGGAGCUCACACAUCCUGCAAACAUGCGGUUCAUGCAGUUCAAAGUCAAAGAUCACUAUUCCCUUGCUUUGUCCAAACUGGAAAAGAAGGAAAGAGAGAAGGGCUCCAACCUGGUCUUUAUGUUCCGCCUGCCAUUUGCCGCCGGAAAGGUGUUCAGCGUUAGCAUGCUGGACACUCUCCUCUACCAGUCAUUUGUGAAGGACUACAUGAUCUCCAUCACCAGACUGCUGCUGGGGUUAGACUCCAUGCCUGGCUCAGGCUUCCUCUGCGCCAUGAAGAUCACGGAGGACGACYUGUGGAUUCGCACCUACGGGAGGCUCUAUCAGAAACUAUGUUCCUCCACCGGAGACAUUCCUAUAGGCAUCUACCGGACGGAGGCCCACAAGCUUCCAGUGUCUGAGUCCCAGGUAUCCAUCACUGUUGAAGACUACGAGGACACCAGAGAACCCAGAGAGCCCCUGCUGUCCCGCACCGGCGCUCACCGUAACUCCACCUCCUCAGAGCCCGUCUCCACCUCCUCCCACUCCUCGGACCACCCGCUGCUCCGGAGGAAGAGCAUGCAGUGGGCGAGGCGGCUGAGCAGGAAGGGGGGUCGGGGAUCGAGCGGAGCCAAAGGUGGUCCGGGCAGCGCGGCGGAGCGGAUCAGCCAGCAGAGGCUGAAUCUGUUCAGACGCUCAGAACGACAGGAGCUCAAUUCACUGGUGCGAACGAGGAUGAAACAUUUGGGCCUUUCUCCAACUGGGUUUAAUGGGAUGACAGACCAAGGCAACAGGCUGUCGUACAUCCUCAUCAACCCCUCUCCAGACACCAGGCUCGACCUGCACGACGUUGUGUACCUGAUAAGACCAGACCCCCUCUCCCUGGUGCCCAAUCAGGGAAGCAGCAGGAAGUGCAGUGCUGGACUAUCAGAGAGCCACAGGUUUGAUACGCAGGAUAGCACCCACCUGUGAAGGAGAAAAGACUAAACUCAGAACACUGCCAGGAAGAAAGGGACCAGCAUCAAUACAGUCACCAAGGAGAAAUCCACAGCGAAAAGAAAAGGGACGGCUCAGAUACUCUGUGUUUUCAGGAUCAGAGUUUUCUGUGCUGGGCACACAUGGACCUUUUCUACACUGACUGGAAAAUUUUAUUUAUGCACCUUCCUUUUUUGUCAGCUGAGAACUGCGGACCCAGAAGUGCAUUUAAUGAAAAGCUACAUGUAUUUAUAUCUGUUGUCGUGCAUGUUAGUACUGCAUCAUGUACUGUAUCCACAGUGAGCAUAUACAGGGCCAAAGGUAUUCACACACCCUUGAACUUUUUCUCAAUCUGCCUCAUUACGACCACAAACAUCCACGCAGCUUACUCAGCUCACUUCACUCCGAUACCCCAAAAUAUAUCUCAACCUUUAAAAGUGUGUAAUUCAGUCUCUGUAUUAAUGCAGCAGCUGCGUAAAAAUCCCUUAGCUCAUUUGGGGAACAUCAGAGAAUAAACGGCAACGUGACGACCAAAGAACACAGCAGAAAGAACAUAAGAUGGAUUCAACUUUGAAUAAAUUUGAAGGAGUUGGAUUAUUAAACAACACCCUAAUUUUUGAACAUAUCAGCACUGAUCAGUCUAUGAUCUCAUAGUUGUGAGAAUGUGGCGUAAUUGCAAGGGAGACUUCAAAAAGCACAAGGUAACUUUGGAGGAGCUGCAGAAAUCAACAACUYAGGUGGGAGAACCGUUUGGAAAGACAACUAUUAGUCCUGCUCUCUGCAAAUCUGGUAUUUAUCGACCAGCGGAAAGAAAGACACGAUUGUUAAAAGAAAGCAGUUAGAAGCAUUUUUUAUAGUUUUCCACAAGUCAUGUAGAAAUCCCAGCAAACCUGUGGAAGAAGGUGUUCUAUUCAAAUGGGACCACAGGUUGAACAUUUUGGCCCACAACGUGCAAACGCAAACACAGAUCACCUUGAACUUUCACCAUCUCUAUCUGAAACAUGGUGGGAGAAGUAUUAUGCUGUGGAGGUGCAGGAACAUGAAGGUGGGUCAGAGUUAAAGAGGAGGAGGAUGAAGCUAAAAAGAGGAUAGUCUAUGAAGGAAAUUUGCUGGAGACUUGGGUAGAGAUUACAAAAGGACAAUAAUCAGUGAAAAGUUCUACAACUGGUUUCACAAACUGGGCCAAAAUUCAAAAGAACRUCACACUUUUUACAUUUGUAUUUGCAAAAAAAUAAUCUUCCAUUCAAUGUACCUCGUUCCUUUAAAUUUACAAUUAUCAUAUAAAAUCACAAUAAAAUAAGACAUUUGUGGUUGUAAUUUGAGAACGGCUGGAGGUGUUUAAGGGUUGUGAAUUCCUUUGCAAGGCACUGGGCAUACGGUGGCAUGCAACAUUUUGGGCACGUAUACUUAAUGUUUUAGUUUCUGUUAAUAAUUAAGUGACUCAAAAGGGAGUUCUGGGAUCCAGUGUCCAUAUUUUAAGAGCAGAUGAUGGAAAUUUAAAAUUGUUCAAUUUCCCCUGGCCUUUAAAAAUAAGAGAAACCAUUUACGUAAAGCAGAAAUGUAUAAUAUUGGGAUAAACAUGAACUGUGGUACUCGGGUUGUUUUCCUUCCCUCAACACAUUUCUAAUUGAAGUGACCAGAAUUGUGUGUGCCAUAUGUAUAGCGUGUGUGUGUGUGUGUCUAAGCGCGUGAACGGAUAUGUACAUGUAGUCACAAAGCCUGAGCGAGACACUGCCAAUUUCAUGUGGACUGCCAAAGGAAUCUGUUGCCAAAUGAGCAUCAAGGAAAACGUUUGCGGUUUGUCCUUUUUAGGCGUUUUGUCUUCUUUUGUGUCUUUUAGCAUUUUUCAUCAAAGUCAUCACCCCUCCGAUUCACAUUUUUGUUUCCAUUUCUCACAAAGGCUUUUCGAGACUUAAACACGCCGUCAUUAAACGCUCACCAGCAGCGAAAGGAUCCAAAGACCUCCAGUMUCAGCUACGGACACGGUUAGAUGCCAAGCUUUACAUCGUUACUGUCGGACUGUCGCGUUGCUCUCCGGAGCAUUUCUUUGCUUACAUGACCUCUCUUGCAACAAGUCUGACCUGAAGUCAUUCUAUUUCUAAUAUUAUUCCUGAAAUCCUCCACUUUCAAGCCGUCCUGCCACCGGCUUGUUUUUUUUUUUUGUUUUUUUUUUGUUGAUCUAUAAUGAACGGACAAAAUGGUUUGGACAUAAUACACUGUAAUAUAAAACCACUUAUCCCAACAGCUCUGCAGUACACACCCCUCUUUGUAAAGCUUUUCCUGUGUAUUGGAAACCAUUUCAAGGGGGUGUUUAUCCAGCUUUCAGUUUAGAACAAUGAAUAAAAAUAAAGUUUAAAUGUAUUUAUUGCUAUGAAUUUUCACUUAUAUUAAUUAUAAAUUUUUUUWAUUUAGAUUUUUUUUUAUUUCAGAGCUGGGUUUCAGUCAAAAAGCCUUCAUAUUUCUCUAAAAAGAAAGAAAAAGUGAAAACAAACUAUCCGCAUCCAUUAAUUCAUAGCCUCUCGGACCAAAUAGAUCUGUUUCAUCAAAGUAAAUCAUUUAGAAAGCUGUUUUGUUAUCAAAGGCGUGUGAGGAAAAUGAGACUGUUCACACAGAAGUGGAGGCAUUCACACUGACGCUGUCAAAACAACAACAACUGUAGAUUCACUGCAAUCAUAGCAGAAAUGUACAUAUUAAACACACUUCCUACUCGUCCCUGG